AUGUCGACUGGAGAACUUCCUGAAGAUGUGGUUGCAUAUAUGGAAGAGAAACAUGUGAAGGUUAUUCUGGAAGAAGCUUUUCAUGAUAUAUUGACAGAACUUCCAGAAAAGCCUCUUGAGUUUUUACUAAAGGCGUUUGAAAAAAAGACGACAUUGAGGCUAAUGGUUGUCGGGGCCACCGGGAGUGGAAAACAGAGACAAUCUUCCUUAUUAGCGGAAAAAUACGGUGCGGUUCUUAUUAACGCUAUUGAUGUAUUUAAAAGCGAAAUAGCGAAAGGGACAGAAGAGGGAAAAAUCUUGGAGAGUAAAUUACGUGAAGGUAAUGAGAUUCCCAGUGGUAUUGCUGCCAACCUUAUUAUUGAGAGAGUGAGGGAAGGAGAAGCUGCAAACAAAGGAUGGGUACUCAGCGGAUUUCCUCAAACACGAUCUCAGGCAUUACGUCUACAGGAAGCAGGAAUAUCACCACGUUUGUUUAUAUUAAUAGAUGUUCCUAGUGAAGUGGCAGUAAAAAGGUGUACAGAACGUCAAUCUGAUACCACUACACACGAUAACCACCAGAUCGAGGAUGCACCUGCUUCACCUGUGAUGGAAGUUGAUCCAAUGAAUGGUAGUGAUAACUCACUGGAGUCUAUUAUGCGACGUUGGAAUUUCUUUGAGGCGAGAAAAGAUGAACUUAUUGAGUGUUACAAGCCUUUUUUGGUUCGUAUUGAUGGUAGCCGUUCGACGGAAACUGUAUUCAAUGAGAUAUGUGAACAAGUGGAUUCCCGAUUUGUGUCGGUAUGA